CCGGAGCUCCGCGGAGGCAGCGAGGCUCACAUGGACCAAGUUUCAGAGAUCAAACCUAAAGGAAGAAGCUGCAGACGGCCAGAAGACUCGGAGCGGGACUCGGAGCGGGACUCGGAGCGGGACUCGUCACGGCCCCGCGUGAUGGAGCGUCUGCUCAGUGAGCUCAGCUCUCUGCUGAAGAUGUUGGACCAGGAGACGGUCAGUCCUGCUACUGCAGACCAGAUGGCGUCAGUCCGGGACGUCCUGGACUCCAUGCAGCUGUCAGUGAACGGCUCUGACGUCUACAUGAACAGCUGUCUGUACGGGAACGGCACCAGCUUCGUCGAGUCUCUGUUCGAGGAUUUCGACUGCGACCUGCACAUGCUCAGUGCGUCUCCAGAGGAGCAGAAGGAGCAGAAGAAGGAGGAGGAGGAGGAGGAGGAGGAGACUCAUCCCAAUAAAUCUACGCCGACGGACACGCCUCCUCCUCUGCCCAGCACGCCGCUCCCUGACGACUACUACGAGGAGGCGGUGCCUCUGGACCCUGGCUCCGCCCCCCAGUACUUCACCACCAACAUGAACGCUGUGGAGGACGCGUACUACGAGGACGCAGACAACAACUACCCCACCACCAGGAUCAACGGGCCGCCCAAGAACUCCUAUAACGACUCUGACGCCGUGAGCUCCUCCUACGAGUCGUACGAGGAGGACGAGGACGAGGCCAAAGGUCGGGAGCGUCCCCCUCGCUGGGCGGCCGAGGACGGCCAGGACGGGCCGGUCCGAGACUGUCGGAUCUGCGCCUUCCUGCUGCGCAAGAAACGCUUCGGACAGUGGAGCAAACAGCUGGUCGUCGUCAGGGACAACAAGCUGCAGUGCUUUAAGAGCAUCAAGGAGAGUUCUCCUCACACGGAGCUGCCGCUGAACCUCUGCAACGUCAUCUACGUCCCGAAGGAAGGACGCAAGAAGAGACACGAGCUGCGCUUCUCCCUGCCCGGAGGAGAAGCUCUGGUGCUGGCCGUGCAGAGCAAAGAGCAGGCGCAGCGCUGGCUGAAGGUGGUGCAGGACGUGGGCAGUCGCUGCAGCAACAGCGAAGCACCGGACGGAUCCACGUCCCCCAUGAUCCAGAGGAAGCUGGAGCUGGACAAGGUGCUGCAGUGUGAGCGUCAGGCGUCAGACUCAGACAGCGGACCGACAACAGAGAACCAGACGACCGCAGGACGAGACGCCACCGACACGCUCAGCAGGAAGCGUGGAGCGUUCUCCGAGCUGACGGGCUCCAUGAGCCGAGCCGCCGGCAAGAAGAUCAACCGCAUCAUCACCUUCUCCAAACGGAAACCUCCGCUACCGGGAGAGCCCGCCUCCUCCUCCGGUCACCACGACAACCCACGCUGUGGUGUCCUCAGUGUGUGUGUGAGCGGCAGCUGGAGGGAGCGUUGGUGCGAGGUGCGAGGCGGAGCUCUCUACCUGCAGAAGGAGGCGGGGGAGGCGCGGGCGGCGGCCGCCGUGGUGCCGCUGAGAGGAGCCGAGGUGGUGACGGGAGGACUGGGACCCAAACACCCGUUCUCCUUCACCAUCCUGCAGGCCGGACACCAGCUGGCUGCUCUGGAGGCGAGCUGCUCUGAGGACCUGGGCCGCUGGCUUGGCGUGCUGUUUGCAGAGACGGGCAGCGCGGCGCUCCCGGAGGAGCUGCACUACGACUACAUCGACGUGGACACGCUCACCGACAUCCGACACGCCGCCAGAAACUCCUUCCUAUGGGCCACGACCACGGCGGCGUCCUCCAGCAGCACCUCCACGGACUCCAGGACGUACGACGAGGUCUACGAGAGCAUCGAGAACGGAGACGCUGAGAGCAGAGGACAGCUGAGACGCCACGCCUCCUUCUCCAGCAGAGACUCGGAGAAGACGGAGCAGCAGGCCGCCGUGAAGAGACACGCCUCCAACGUGAAUCAGUACGCUCGCUACGGGAAGACGCGCGCCGAGGAGGACGCCAGGCGCUACCUGCUGCAGAAGGAGGAGCUGGAGAGGAAGAAGGAGGAGCUGAGGCACCAGCUGAUCUCCCUCCGCAGGGAGAAGAAGGAGGUGAAGGAGGAGCUGAAGACUGAGACAGCUCUCAGUGUGGACCAGAGGUUGUCCUCUCUCGAGGGUCUGUGUAAGCAGAAGGAGGAGGAGCGAGUGGAGCUGGAGCUCCGGCUGACGGAGGUCAAAGAGAACCUGAAGAAGUCUUUGGCCAGAGGAGCGCUGGGUCCCCCCACCGACACCAAGAUCAGCACCAAGGCUCAGGGCAGUAAGAUUGAGAAGGUUUAUAAUGAGACGUUGCCGAUCAACUCAGCUGCUGAACUCCGCAAACGUCCUCCGUCCCUCUACAAGAACAACAGCAGAGGAAACGUCCUGCAGAAGGCCAAGGAGUGGGAGUCUAAGAAGGGGAGCUGAAAGAACGGAGAGAAUAAACUGAACUGUGACAGAAAGACGAGAAGAGGAACAGAACUGGAACUGAGAGGAGGAGAGGAGGAGGAGGAGGAGGAGGAGAGGAGGAGAGGAGGAG